AUGCGAUUCGAAAACCCCCGCCUCCGCAAUGCCUACAUUGCCCUCCAAUCAUGGAAGCAGGCCAUCUACUCCGACCCUUUCAACUUCACCGCCAACUGGACCGGCCCCGCCGUCUGCUCCUACUCCGGCGUCUUCUGCGCCCCUUCGCUGACCAACCCCAAGCUCCGCGUCGUCGCCGGCAUCGACCUCAACCACGCCGACAUCGCCGGGUACCUCCCCUCCGAGCUCGGCCUCCUCACAGAUCUGGCCCUCUUCCACAUCAACUCCAAUCGGUUCUGCGGCAUCGUCCCCAAAUCGUUCCGCAAGCUCAAGCUCCUCCACGAGCUCGACAUCAGCAACAAUCGGUUCGUCGGGGAGUUCCCCACCGUCGUGAUCUCCCUCCCUUCGUUGAAAUUUCUGGAUCUGAGAUUCAACGAUUUCGAAGGCUCCGUUCCUUCCGAGCUCUUUGAUAAGCCGCUGGAUGCUCUGUUUCUGAACGAUAAUCGAUUCCGGUUCGGGAUCCCGAAGAAUCUCGGGAACUCGCCGGUUUCGGUGCUCGUUUUCGCGAACAACGACCUCGGCGGUUGUAUCCCGGGGAGCAUCGGGAAGAUGGGGAAGACGCUGAAUGAGAUUAUUCUGAUGAAUGAUAACCUCACGGGCUGUUUGCCCGCGGAGAUCGGGAUGUUGAAGGAAGUUACGGUGUUCGAUGUGAGCUUCAAUCAUUUACAGGGCUCGUUGCCGUCGAGCAUUGGCAACAUGAGGAAGGUCCAGCAGCUCAAUGUGGCGCACAAUCAGUUCACCGGCGUUGUUCCGGCGAGUGUUUGCUCGUUGCCGAAUCUGCAGAACUUUACCUACUCGUUCAACUACUUCUCCGGCGAGGCGCCGAGCUGCGGUGCGGUUAGGCGCGGCGUGGCGGUUAACGGGACGAGGAAUUGUGUUGCUGGGAAGGCGAAUCAGAGAUCUGGUAGGGAGUGUUCGUCGGGAGCUGCGCAGCCGGUUGAUUGUAGCAAGUUUAAGUGCGGCGGCGGGGGCGGCGGAGGAGGAGGAAGUGGGCGGAGACGGCCUCCGGUUAAUGUUCCUUCCACGCCCAAGCCUUCACCGCCGAUCGUUGGAAGAUCUCCACCGCCUCCGAAGUCUAGGUCGUCGCCUUCGUCCAGAUCGCGCUCCCCUCCGCCUCCGACGGGUUCUUUCCAUUCACCUCCGUCUCCACCGCCGCCUUCUUCUAGGGUUUCCCCUGUGACUCAUCUCCCACCGCCGCCCCCUCCUCCCACGCAACAGACAGCACCGCCUCCUACGGAAAAGGUGUCGCCAGGGACACGUCACGCGCCUCCACCGCCAUCUCCUCCUCCUCCGUCACCACCACCGCCAGUGUACUCUCCACCUCCGCCACCGCCUUCUCCACCGCCCCCUCCCCCGCCAGUCUACUCUCCACCACCGCCCCCGCCUUCCCCGCCACCCCCUCCACCACCAGUGUACUCUCCCCCACCGCCGCCGCCAUCACCACCUCCCCCACCUCCACCGGUCUACUCUCCACCACCGCCGCCGCCUUCCCCACCUCCCCCACCACCGCCAGUUUACUCUCCACCGCCGCCACCACCCUCACCACCUCCUCCUCCCCCGCCAGUGUACUCCUCACCACCACCGCCGCCAGUUUACUCCUCCCCACCACCACCGCCGCCGCCGGUCGAGUACCACUCGCCUCCUUACUACCAAUAUUCGUCUCCUCCACCACCACCUCAGUCGCCGCCGCCCCCGACGCCUACUUACCAGCAAUCACCGCCACCACCAACGGGCGAGCAUCACGCCCCCCCACCGCCAAAGCACGCUCCCGCGCCAAUUCCAUGCACAACUCCACCGCCACCGCCGCCUCCACCAUCGAAGCCCGGAUGUGAGCUCCCGCCGCCAUCACCAACAAUGUCGCCGCCGCCGCCGCCGCCAACCCCCAGCUACCACUCGCCGCAAUCCCCUCCGCCGCCGCCUCCACAUCACCAAAGUCCUCCUCCGCCCCAUUACACGUAUUCGUCGCCUCCCCCUCCUCGCCACUCACCGCCGCCGCCGUCUCCGCCACCUCCUGAAAGCGUGCCUCUGCCACCGGUGAUAGGGGUAUCGUACGCUUCGCCGCCGCCGCCAUCGAUUCCGUACUACUAA